AUCUGCAAGUCAAACUUCUGCUCCCUCUAAGUACCACCGAACUCGAUCUGGGGGAGCCAGGGAUGAACGAUACCGAUCAGAUAUCCACACAGAAGCAGUUCAAGCUGCAUUGGCAAAGCAUAAAGAACAGAAGAUGGCUUUGCCCAUGCCAACCAAAAGGCGGUCCACAUUUGUCCAGUCUCCUGCGGAUGCCUGCACGCCUCCUGAGAAUUUCUCUGCUCCCCCUGAUGUCACUGCAACUACCUCUUCCUCGUCAUUAUCUUCCUCAGUGCGCCCAGCAAAUAUUGACCUGCCCCCUUCGGGGAUAGUUAAAGGCAUGCACAAAGGAUCCAACAGGUCCAGUCUCAUGGAUACAGCUGAUGGUGUUCCUGUUAGUAGCAGAGUAUCUACAAAAAUCCAGCAGCUUCUCAACACUCUGAAAAGGCCCAAAAGGCCUCCCUUAAAGGAAUUUUUUGUGGAUGACUCUGAAGAAAUUGUGGAAGUACCUCAGCCAGACCCCAACCAGCCCAAGCCUGAGGGACGGCAGAUGACGCCUGUGAAGGGAGAACCGCUAGGAGUCAUCUGCAACUGGCCUCCUGCGCUUGAAUCUGCCCUGCAGCGCUGGGGCACUACUCAAGCAAAGUGCUCCUGUCUGACUGCACUGGACGUGACAGGGAAACCCGUUUACACUCUUACAUAUGGAAAGUUGUGGAGCAGAAGUUUAAAGUUGGCCUACACACUGCUUAAUAAACUGGGGACCAAAAAUGAACCUGUGUUAAAACCUGGAGACAGGGUAGCCCUGGUUUACCCCAACAAUGAUCCAGUCAUGUUUAUGGUGGCUUUUUAUGGAUGUCUCCUGGCAGAAGUGAUUCCAGUGCCUAUAGAGGUACCUCUUACCAGAAAGGAUGCUGGAGGUCAGCAGAUUGGCUUCUUGCUAGGAAGCUGUGGUAUUGCCUUAGCUCUUACCAGUGAAGUUUGUCUAAAGGGGCUGCCAAAAACCCAGAAUGGGGAAAUUGUACAGUUUAAAGGUUGGCCCCGGCUCAAAUGGGUUGUAACAGAUUCCAAGUACCUUUCAAAGCCACCCAAAGAUUGGCAGCCCCACAUUUCUCCUGCUGGUACAGAACCAGCAUACAUUGAGUAUAAAACAAGCAAAGAAGGGAGUGUAAUGGGAGUUACAGUGUCCCGGCUUGCAAUGUUGUCUCACUGCCAAGCUCUGUCGCAGGCCUGCAAUUAUUCUGAAGGGGAAACAGUAGUAAAUGUUUUAGACUUUAAGAAGGAUGCUGGGCUGUGGCAUGGCAUGUUUGCGAAUGUGAUGAAUAAGACGCACACAAUUAGCGUACCCUACUCUGUUAUGAAGACCUGUCCUCUCUCUUGGGUCCAAAGGGUACAUGCUCACAAAGCCAAGGUAGCUUUAGUAAAAUGUCGAGACUUGCACUGGGCUAUGAUGGCUCAUCGAGACCAAAGAGAUGUGAGCUUGAGUUCCCUCCGAAUGUUAAUUGUGACUGAUGGAGCUAAUCCCUGGUCUGUAUCAUCCUGUGAUGCCUUCCUGAGUCUGUUCCAAAGCCAUGGACUGAAACCUGAGGCCAUCUGUCCAUGUGCUACGUCUGCAGAGGCCAUGACUGUAGCAAUCCGCAGGCCUGGAGUUCCAGGGGCCCCUUUGCCUGGAAGAGCCAUUCUCUCAAUGAAUGGAUUGAGCUAUGGGGUAAUACGGGUCAAUACUGAAGAUAAAAACUCAGCCCUGACGGUCCAGGAUGUGGGGCAUGUGAUGCCUGGUGGGAUGAUGUGCAUUAUAAAACCAGAUGGACCUCCCCACCUCUGCAAAACAGAUGAAAUUGGAGAAAUCUGUGUUAGCUCCAGAACUGGAGGCAUGAUGUAUUUUGGGCUUGCUGGUGUGACAAAAAAUACAUUUGAGGUGAUUCCAGUGAAUUCUGCAGGCUCUCCUGUUGGGGAUGUGCCAUUCAUCCGGUCAGGACUGCUGGGAUUUGUAGGGCCAGGUAGUUUGGUAUUUGUGGUUGGAAAAAUGGACGGAUUACUGAUGGUUAGUGGUCGAAGACAUAAUGCCGAUGACAUUGUUGCUACUGGAUUGGCUGUUGAGUCAAUAAAGACCGUGUAUAGAGGAAGAAUUGCUGUGUUUUCUGUGUCUGUAUUUUAUGAUGAGCGCAUUGUGGUGGUUGCGGAACAAAGACCUGAUGCUUCUGAGGAAGAUAGUUUCCAGUGGAUGAGCCGUGUGCUGCAGGCAAUUGAUAGCAUUCAUCAAGUGGGGGUUUAUUGCCUUGCUCUGGUGCCUGCCAAUACAUUGCCAAAAACUCCACUAGGAGGGAUCCAUAUAUCUCAGACAAAACAGCUCUUUCUGGAGGGAUCUCUACAUCCUUGCAACAUCCUCAUGUGCCCACAUACAUGUGUGACAAAUUUGCCAAAACCCCGGCAAAAGCAACCAGGUGUAGGCCCUGCUUCUGUGAUGGUUGGGAAUCUGGUUGCCGGAAAACGCAUAGCACAAGCUGCUGGAAGAGAUCUGGGACAAAUAGAAGAGAAUGAUUUAGUGAGGAAGCACCAGUUUCUGGCAGAGAUUUUACAGUGGCGAGCCCAGGCAACUCCUGACCAUAUACUCUUCAUGCUGUUAAAUGCCAAGGGAACUACUGUGUGCACAGCCAGCUGCCUUCAGCUUCAUAAGCGAGCUGAGAGGAUUGCAUCAGUUCUUGGUGAUAAGGGACAUCUAAAUGCAGGAGACAAUGUGGUGUUGCUCUAUCCACCUGGCAUUGAAUUAAUCGCUGCGUUCUAUGGCUGCCUGUAUGCAGGGUGCAUUCCCGUGACCGUCAGACCGCCUCAUGCUCAGAACCUCACUGCCACAUUGCCCACGGUCCGCAUGAUUGUCGAUGUCAGCAAGGCAGCCUGUAUUCUCACCACUCAGACCCUAAUGAGAUUACUGAGGUCCCGAGAGGCGGCAGCAGCUGUGGAUGUGAAAACCUGGCCAACCAUCAUUGACACAGAUGAUUUACCCAGGAAAAGGUUACCUCAGUUAUAUAAACCACCCACUCCUGAGAUGUUGGCAUAUCUUGAUUUUAGUGUCUCCACAACUGGCAUGCUUACAGGAGUGAAGAUGUCCCACUCUGCAGUUAAUGCUCUUUGUAGAGCCAUCAAACUCCAGUGUGAGUUGUAUUCUUCUCGGCAGAUUGCCAUCUGCCUUGACCCUUACUGUGGACUUGGCUUUGCGCUCUGGUGUCUCUGCAGUGUCUAUUCAGGUCACCAGUCUAUCUUAAUUCCUCCUAUGGAGUUAGAAAAUAACCUUUUCCUCUGGCUCGCCACUGUCAACCAAUACAAGAUAAGGGAUACUUUCUGCUCCUAUUCAGUAAUGGAGCUUUGCACUAAAGGGCUUGGAAAUCAAGUGGAGGUUCUAAAGACAAGAGGAAUCAACCUCUCCUGCAUCCGGACCUGCGUGGUGGUGGCAGAGGAGCGGCCUCGCAUUGCCCUGCAGCAGUCCUUCUCCAGGCUCUUUAAAGAUAUUGGGCUGUCCCCUCGGGCUGUGAGCACCACAUUUGGAUCAAGAGUCAACGUAGCAAUAUGUUUACAGGGAACCUCAGGGCCUGAUCCAACUACUGUGUAUGUAGAUCUGAAAUCAUUAAGACAUGACAGGGUUCGUCUUGUGGAACGGGGUGCCCCCCAGAGUUUGCUCCUCUCAGAGUCUGGAAAGAUUUUACCCGGAGUGAAAGUGGUUAUUGUUAAUCCUGAAACCAAAGGACCUGUUGGAGACUCUCACCUUGGAGAGAUUUGGGUGAACAGUCCCCAUACAGCCAGUGGCUACUACACCAUCUAUGAUAGUGAGACUCUUCAGGCUGAUCAUUUCAACACUCGCCUCAGCUUUGGGGAUGCUGCGCAGACACUCUGGGCUCGGACAGGCUACCUUGGUUUUGUCCGCCGGACUGAGCUCACAGCAGCCACUGGAGAGCGUCAUGAUGCAUUAUAUGUGGUGGGAGCUUUGGAUGAAACACUAGAGCUGAGAGGAUUACGAUACCACCCGAUCGAUAUUGAGACUUCAGUAUCUCGGAUCCACAGGAGCAUUGCUGAAUGUGCCGUGUUCACGUGGACCAACUUGCUUGUGGUGGUUGUGGAACUGUGCGGCUCUGAACAGGAAGCCCUAGAUCUGGUUCCUUUAGUGACCAAUGUAGUCCUGGAAGAGCAUUACCUCAUCGUUGGCGUUGUGGUUGUGGUGGACCCAGGUGUCAUCCCAAUCAACUCCAGAGGAGAGAAGCAGAGGAUGCACCUCCGUGACAGCUUCCUAGCUGACCAGUUAGACCCCAUUUAUGUGGCUUAUAACAUGUAACCAUCCUUGUGGGGACUGCAGGGGGCCUUCCUGAAGAAUCACAAAGACUGAAGACCUGUAGCUAGGAGCAGGCUUUCAAAUGAUGUGAAAUAAGCUGAGAUGGCUACAUCUUUCUUUCAUCUCAUCUUGUGGGGUUCUGCAAUCAUAGCACACAGGAAAGGGGAAUUCUGUAGUGGCAAAUGAAAAAAAUGUUAACAGUCUUAUUAGACAUGAGCUUUGACAUAGCGUGAGUAGCACGUUACUGAAGCAAUUACAUGCAUGUUGCAUUUUUUUCAUCUGUUGUACAUACUUGUAUUUUUAUCUAAUGCUGUUUUAGAAUUUUGUAAGGGAAUUAAUGAAUUCACAUGAAGGGGGUAGUCUGAGUUACACAGUUCCCCGCUCUGUACUGUAUUUGCCAUUUUACCAUAGCUGGAUGUUCUGCGGGUUUUAUUAACAUGGAACUACUCAGCUUACUUUGUCAACCCAUAAGCAAAUCAGAUAACCCACUGAAUAUGAGAAUUACUUUAUAUAUAUAAUUCUUGACUGUAAAACAUUUUGACCAGUGUUUUAAACAUGUAAAUAAGAAUACACAUAAUUCAACUAAAGAAUUUAAGAAUUGGCUUGUAUAACAACCAAAGUAGAAACAUUUCUACUUUGAGAGAAUUUCAGUAUUCUCUUGAUGUAGUGUAAUUGAUUAGGUAACUAAAAUGUACAAAUUGUUUGCAGGUUUCACUGCACAUUGUUCUAUGUCUUUGUUGGCUGGUGUAUUCUAUAAACUUAAAGCUGCC